UUCAAACUGUUCUUCUCUUCUUUGUCUGGUCUUUUAGUCUCAUCUCCCAAGCUUGUUUUACUUACUAGUUUGAGAUAGUCAUUAUUCGUUUUUGUGAGUUGGCACCCAUGGCUUGUCUAAAUAACAAUUGCAAAGAGGUGAGCAUUGAGAAGAAGAUGAUAAAGGAGGAAGAGUCAUAUACCUUAGAUGGAGCUGUGGAUCGACAUGGUCGUCCCGCUAUUCGAGGCAGAACUGGAACAUGGGUUGCUGGAAUUCUACUUCUAGUUAAUCAAGGUCUGGCAACAUUGGCAUUCUUUGGAGUUGGGGUCAACCUGGUGUUGUUCUUAACGAGGGUGCUGGGCCAGGACAACGCAGAUGCUGCAAACAACGUCAGCAAAUGGACUGGGACGGUCUACAUUUUCUCUUUGCUUGGUGCCUUUCUUAGUGACUCUUACUGGGGAAGGUACAAGACUUGUGCCAUAUUCCAGGCUGUCUUUGUUGUUGGCUUGGUGCUGUCAUCGGUUUCAACCUCCGUAUUCUUACUCAAGCCUAGCGGCUGUGGUGAUGAAGACACUUCAUGCGGAUCUCACUCCGCUUUCCAUAUCGUGUUCUUCUACUUUGCCAUAUACCUCGUAGCCCUUGGAAACGGAGGUUACCAGCCUAACAUCGCCACUUUUGGGGCUGAUCAGUUUGAUGAGGAAGACCCCAAAGAAGGGCACUCAAAAAUAGCCUUCUUUAGCUACUUUUACUUGGCUUUGAACCUUGGAUCACUCUUUUCAAACACCAUAUUGGGCUAUUUUGAGGAUCAGGGCAUGUGGGUACUUGGAUUUUGGGCAUCCGCUGCCUCUGCCUUUGUGGCAUUAGUCCUGUUUCUGAUCGGGACACCCAGAUAUAGACACUUCAAACCUACGGGCAACCCUCUCUCAAGGUUUUGCCAAGUAUUGGUUGCUGCAUCAAGAAAAUGGAAGGUUCAGAUGACACCAGGAGGAGAGAAUUUGUUUGAAGUGGAAAAAAAAGAAUCUGCCACGAAUGGGGCUAGAAAGAUACUCCACACAGAAGGUUUCAGGUUUUUGGAUAGAGCAGCAAUUAUGACACCCAGGGAUUAUGCUGAUGGGCAAGAGAAAAAUAUCGAUGGUCGCAAUCCAUGGUCCCUCUGCACAGUAACACAAGUAGAAGAAGUCAAAUGCAUACUGAGACUCCUCCCAAUAUGGCUAUGCACCAUACUCUACUCUGUGGUUUUCACUCAAAUGGCAUCACUCUUUGUAGAACAAGGAGCUGCCAUGAAAACUACAAUUUCAAACUUCCACAUCCCAGCGGCGAGCAUGUCUAGUUUUGACAUACUCAGUGUGGCAACAUUCAUUUUCAUUUACAGGCGAGUUCUUGACCCUAUUGUUGCAAGAAUAAAGACAAAACCAAAGGGCCUCACCGAGCUCCAGAGGAUGGGGAUUGGCCUUGUUAUAGCUAUACUGGCAAUGGUCUCAGCUGGAAUUGUAGAGCUUUUCAGGUUAAAGUACGCAGACAAAGAUUGCCCGAGCUGCGAAAAUGCCAGCUCUUUGAGCAUAUUCUGGCAAGUUCCUCAGUAUAUGCUUAUAGGAGCAUCUGAGGUAUUCAUGUAUGUUGGUCAAUUAGAGUUCUUUAACGGGCAGGCACCAGAUGGGUUAAAGAGCUUUGGAAGUGCACUUUGCAUGACAUCCAUAUCACUGGGGAAUUACGUGAGUAGCUUGCUAGUGACAAUUGUUAUGAAAAUAUCUACAAGAGAUGAUAUGCCUGGAUGGAUCCCAGGAAACCUCAACAGAGGUCAUCUAGACAGAUUUUAUUUCCUGUUAGCAGCUUUGACAACAGCUGAUCUAGUGGUGUACAUAAUUUGCGCCAAGUGGUAUAAAUAUAUUAAGUUCGAAGGAAGGAGUGGAGAAGAUAAUAGCACUGAUGGGCAGGCAGCAGCGGAGCUUAAAGUUUAAGGAGUAUGUAUGGUCAAUGGUGUCAUGGUGUUUGCUUGCGCAGGAAUGUUUUAAAGAUCAAUGCCAUGUUAAUUGUGUUGUGAUAUAAAUAAAGCACAAAAAAAGGAAUGUGGAUUGUGGAAGAAAAGAAGUCGGUCGGCUUCUGCGAUGAAACUGGAGAAAUUAAUGGCAUUUUUCAUUUCUCUA